AUGGCGUCUGCUGCGUCAUGUAGUGAAAUAGAGCUUACAGAGUACAUGGGAAUGAAGGCCGUGUAUGAGCUCUUGAAUAAGAAGUAUAGAGUGAAUCACCGAGAACUGGAGAAACACAGUGCCAAUUUAAAUCGUAUCAUUGAUAGGUUCAACGACGUUAAUACAUCAGAGGAAGCUGCUGAAUUCAUUGGACGCGUGAUAACUGCUGUUCGGGGCUCAAAACGAAAGGCUGAUGAAAUAUUUACUGAAGAAAUGGAGCUUGUUGCUUCCUGCAAGAGGCGAAUCGAUAGUCUCAAAGAAGUCUCUGAUUUUGAAGGAAAAGCCUCAUCAAAACCAUGUGGUCUAGGUACUGCAAUGCUUGCUGCCGAUCAGGUAGAGAGUGUUGUCACCGAAAGAGGAAAUAAGCCAUCAAAUCAACCAAAGGUCAACAUUUCACCAAAAGCCGAAUCUGAACAACGAGUGUUUGCAUCACGGUGCAAUCGUCUCUUGGCUGAACAUCUCUUUGCCGUGGGCCAUUAUCGUUCGGCCCUAGCUCUAGCGCGUCAGUGUCCUGAUGCGGACAAGAUUUUCAUUGGCAUUUUCGAAGAGGCUCUUUCCAUCCAGGAGGCUCUGUCUAGGGGUGAUACGGAGCCUGCGCAUAAGUGGUUUCAGGAGACCAAAUUCAGACUGAAACACGCGGAGUGCACUUUCGAUUUCGACUUACGCGUGUUCGAGUUUUAUCUUCUUGUCAAGGCAAACAAAAGACUGGAAGCUGUACAGCACUCACGCAAGUAUUUGGGUAAUUUCCAACAAGACGAUGACUACAAAACUCGGCGUUUGGGUCAAGCGAUGCUGCUUCUUAUUAUGCGCACGUCCGAGGAAGUCGAUGCGAAAGCUGCACAGAAUGAGCUCAACGAGGCAUGGAUUAUCAAGCGUUUCCAUCUAGCUCUGAUGAAUUUCUAUUCCUUCACUUCACCCACGCCUUUCUCGUUGGCAGUUCGUGCAGGAAUUACUGCCAUAAAGACUCACUUCUGUUAUAAUUCAAAGUCACGACACCCGGACUGUGUGGUUUGUCACCCACUCAUUAAUCGCUUCGCUCAAAACCUUCUCUUCGGACGCUACGAUCACUCAGUGCUCACGUGCUAUCAAACAGGCCUUGCCAUGAAUGAUGACAAUCCACCCAUGGCACUGCCGAACGGCUACGUUUACAGUCAACAGCGGGAAGAGGAAUUCGACGCAGAAUCGCGUAGUUUCGCGCUGGGUAACAUUGCCAAAAUCAUUAGCACUGCUGGUAGACGCUGCCUGCGCAGAUAUUUUGAAGCCUAUUUUCUUCUUGGAAUUAAUGAGCAGGGAGGCAUAUCAGACUUGACGAGACCUGACGGCAAGCUGACAUGUCCAAGAUCAGGCGAGACAUUUGAUGCAAGCGAAGCAAAGCGUGUUUACAUACUAUAA